CAGGAAGUGAUAUAGGUUUGUGUUUUGUUUACAUCUAGCGAUUGUAAUGAUGGAGCGUAAAGUUAACUGCUGGUAAAUCAGAUGUCAUAGAGAGAAAAAAAUAAGUAAAAUUCAAACUUUGAACAUAUCAGAACAAUGGUCGAGCAUGCUAGCGAGACUGUCGUUAAAUACGCCAAUAUAAUCCACAGGUGUAUAGAAGAAGACAAUCCCCAUAAGAUUAUAACUUCUUUGUGCAUGAUGACAAGAGAAGAAAGAAAGUCAGUUGUUUCGUACAAGGUUAACAGUAACCCAGCAUUAUGUUUUGCUUGCUUAAAUAACCGACUAGGCAUAGUUAAGUAUCUCAUUACGGAAUGCGACACCGAUAUUGAACAAAGAGGGUUUUACUUAGAACCUACACAAAAUACAAGAAUUGAAGCACCUCCGUUAUGGUGUGCGACCGUCCCAGUUAAUGGAAUUGAUGUCGUUCGAUUCCUUGUUGAGCACGGUGCUGACAUAAAUGGAUAUUCUGAUACCCAAUCUACGCCGUUAAGAGCGGCGUGUUUUGAAAACAAUAUCCCCCUUGUUCGGUAUUUAGUUGAAAAUGGCGCUGACGUACACAAAACAAAUAUAUGGAAUCAGACAUGUUUAAUGAGUUCUGUAGGAAGUUCCGAAUUGUGCGAGUAUCUCCUUCGGAAUGGCGCGGAUGUUAAAUCUACGGAUUCUUAUGGAAAUACCGCUCUACAUUUCGCUGUACACGAAAAUAUAUUAGAUUCAGUAACAGUAUUAAUCAAAUAUGAUGCAGACAUUUAUUGUAAAGUAAACGAUGGAGAAAGUUUACUCAGAACUGCAGCAUAUAAAGGCCAUGAUUCCAUAGUAGAAUAUUUGUUGAACAUUGGUUCUUACUCGGGAGAAUAUAUAGUUGAAGCGUAUGACCUAUUAGGUGCUUUUCAUGUAGAUGAUGAUAUUUCUAAGUGUUUAACAGUAUGGACGAAAGCUUUAGAAAUACGUUCUAAAUCAGACCUUGGGGUAACACAUUUGAAUUGUAUUACAAACAAUCCAGAUGUAUUUCAGAAUGCAAACGAAUUGUUGACGGUAGACGAAGUUCAGAAACUAACGGAUCCAAAUGAUAUUCACAUGCAGGCAUUACUUAAAUAUUACCGCAUUUACGGAGAAAAUCAUGUAAAUACAUCUUCAGAAAUUAUGUAUCGUGGAGAAGUAUAUUUAGAAAACGGUUGUUACCAAACGUGUAUAAAUCUAUGGAAAUAUGCAUAUAGGUUAAGGUUCAAAGAAGAAGAUCCAUUAGACAGAAAUUCUAUUUAUUCUGCUCGUAAAGUAAUAUAUGCAUUUUGUGAAAUGCAGCGUGCAUGUGAAAACAGUUCUACAACGGACAAGGUAUACCAUACAUGAAUAAAAUGAAAUAAUUAGUAAAUCUCACUGAGGCAGCAACCCAACGACAUACACUUCAUUUGAACUUUGGUGGAUAGUUGUCUCAUUGGCAAUCAUACCACAUCUCUUUAUUCUUAUAUAACCAAAAGACAUCGUGAGAUCAACAUAAAGUCUUUUACAAUAGACAGGUGUUCAAAUCAUACAAGUAUGCCAAAAUCUAAAUAGUAAAAUCUUUUGAAUAAGUAAUAGAUAAAAUUGAGAAAGGAAACGGGGAAUGUGUCAAAGAAACAACAACCCGACCAAAGAGCAGAAAACAGACGAAGACCACCAAUGUGUCUUCAAAACAGCGAGAAAAUCUCGCAGCCGGAGGUGGUCCUCAGCUGGCCCCUUAAAACAAUGUAUACUAGUUCAGCGAAAAUGUACGUCACAGUAAAAUCCGAAACAUAUAAAUGAACUAAAAUUAAAACAAGCAUACAAGACUAACAAAGGCCAGAGGUUCCUGGCUUGGUACAGGCGCAAAAAUGCGGCGGUGUUAAACAUGUUUUGUGAGAUCUGAACCCUCCCCCUAUACCUCUAGCCAUUGUAAAAUAAAAAAAAAAAAAACACAGCAAUACGCACAGUAAAACUCAGUUUAAAAGAAGUCCGAGUCCGAUGUUAGAUAAGGUAAUAGAAGAAACCUAGAAAAAUUACAGUAAUAACAAAGGACUACUAGCAAUAAGAAGCCAUUAUAUAAUUAUUAUAUUAUAGAAGCUAUUAAAUACCAGAUUCUCAUAAAAAUAAACUAAAACAGAUAUGACUUAAGACAACAUUGACAAGACAGACGAACAUAUUACAGGGUCAUACUCGUUUUUUGCAAUCUCUAUCCCCUCUAAUUUUAAAUGUCGACCGAUUGUUUGUAAUGCUCUGCACCGAGGCCAGCCCUUUCCGACUAAUCAUAACAGUUUUUUUCAUAUAUUGUGAUGUUACACUUAACACACAUGUUUGACCCCGCCACAUUCUUUUUUUAUUUUAUUGUGGGCUUUGCAAAUGGCUGAACUUUCUGUUUCUAUUACACACUAUAAAUAUAAAAAAAGAAGAUGUGGUAUGAUUGCCAAUGAGACAACUCUCCAAAAGAGACCGAAUGACACAGAAAUUAACAACUAUAGGUCACCGUACGGUCUUCAACAAUAAGCAAGCCCAUACCGCACAGUCAGCUAAGGUUGGUAUUACUUUUUAAUAAGCAAUCAACCGAAUUGUUCUUCGUUAUAUUAUUUGUACACUUUCCAAAUGGAUUACCUUUAUUUUCUUUUUACAUAAUGUGUACGCUUUGCAAAUGGAUUAUUUUUA